CUCUAAUCCAACACUGAAACACACAUGCAUCUUUUAGUACAUUGAGAAAAACAUGAACAAAAGAAGCUCCUUCAGAAGAUCCCAAACAUUACAACCAACGAACUCUGCUCCUUUAAUGGCUAUGGCUAUGAAUUCACCACCCCAAACAAAGUCUCUUUCCAUUAACUUUCCUACUUCUCCUGAUCAGUCUCUUUUUGGAGAACAGAUGCAUCACUUCACUCACUCCCACCAUCCAAUCUCUCUGGUUAACCUCUCGGAGCUCUUCACCUGUUCUGGCUGCAAAGAACGUGGCGCCGGCAAGAGGUUUUCCUGUCAGGAAUGUGAUUUCCAGCUUCAUGAUUUCUGUGCUUUAUCUCCUCCUCUUCUUAAAGCUCACCCCCUCCAUGUCCAACAUCAACUUGUAUUUCAUUCCAAACCAAAAACGGGUGGGAUUCGAUGGCCGACUUGUAAUGUUUGUGGCAAAGCCACGAGAGGCUUUACUUUCAGAUGCAACUUCUGCCAUUUCCAAAUGCACCCAUGUUGUGCUAUGCUUUCUGACCAAAUUAACUACCCAUCUCUUCACAACCACCCCCUGAACCUGUUGCCGCUCUUAGCCUCCGACGACCAACUGAACUCAUUCUGCAGAGAGUGCAAAAGAAAGAGAUCCGGCCGCCUUUAUGGAUGCAGGAUCUGUAACUACCUUCUUCAUGCAGUUUGUGCUAAGGAUCUGAUCAACGGGCUUAAAGUGAAUGGCAUCAAGAACUCCGAGAAGCCUAGCGUGCUAGGACCUGCCGUCCGGUUUGCAUCACAAGCCGUUGCUGAGUUCAUUGGCGGACUGAUUGACGGUAUAGGAGAAGGUGUGGUGGGAGAGGCUCUGGUUCAGAACGUGACAAGGAGUGGUCGCCGUAAUAGAACCAGAGGAAUAUAACUCGGAAUUUGAAGCUGAUGCAUAACCUACUUUCCUAUUCAAUUAUAUUUAAUUAUUCAUACAUGGAUUUGGGUGUUGGGCAUUAUUUACUUUAGAAAAGGUUGUACCAUUUUCAUUAUAAAUUUGUAAAUCCAAAGAUGGGACUAAGUAAAGUAGAAAGUAAAUGUAUUUUAAUAUACGGAAUCUUAUUAUUAU